CGGCUGAGCAGCAGGCGAGCGGGGCCAGUGGCUGCCCGGGGGGCGGGCAGGAGGGAGCAGCUGCCGCCGCCGCCGCCGAGGAAAUGGACCGAGCCGCCUCGGCAGGGAGGAGCAGCCAGGCCGCCGCCGCCGCCGCCGCCAGGGGCCGGGGCAGGAGGGUCGUCGCCCCCGCCAGGGGGGCUGCCGCUGCCGCCGCCGCCGCCGCUCUGGGGCCUGCUGCACCGCAGAGAGCGCCCGGCUGCCCGCCCCGCAGGGCCUGAGCCGGAGGCCGCCGCCGCCGCCGCCAGAGCUGCUGCUGCUGCUGCUGCUGAGUCACCCGGCCGGCCGACAAGGACUCUGAGGCGCCCGGCGAGCAGAAGGCGAGCCGCAGCCCGUGAUGGUGGGAGCCGUCCCCACCCCCCGCUGCUGGGGAGUGCCGGCUGGGGAGGGGUCGCCCAGGAGCCGUCUGCCGCUGGGGCCGGAGAGCUGGGCAGCCGGGAGAGGGACUCCGUUGUUGCAGAGGGAUGCCGCCAUGCAGCACGCGUCGUAGCAGGGGGCUCGCCCAGACUCCCUGACCCCGCGGCACUUUAGCCCCCCACCCCUACCCCUCAUGCGGCAUAUCAACGCUGAGUCGGCCCUCCCCCAGGAGCUCAGCGCAGGGACGGCGAGCCAGCAGGAGGAGGAGGAGGAGGAGGAGGAGGAGGAGGAGGAGGACACGGCGGGCCCGCGCCCCUGGCGCCCCGGGGUCCUCAUGGGCUGCAGCCCGCCAGAGCUGACCUGCCAGAAAGUGUACCAGGUGUCCAUCUUCUCCCCGCUGGCUGGCUGCUCCCACCCGCCAGAGCAGAGGGCCCCCGGGCGGCAGCCCAUCAAGCGGGCCUGCCUGGAGCCCCAGCGGGCGGCCAAGGGCGAGUGGGAGUCGGCGGGCAGCGGGCCCUGGGACGACGCCAUCGAAGAUGGGCUCCUGGUGGACGAGCUGUCCCUGGGGGGCGCUGCCCAGCACUUCUCCCACAGCGGCCUCCGGGUCUUUGAGCACCGCCAGGAGGCUCCUCCCAGCCGCUUUGGGGGCUGGGAGCCCCGGCCGGCCAGGACCCUGGGGGGCACCGCACAGGCAGCGCCGCACCCCCCCUGCAGCACUUUGCACACGAGAGACUGUGCCCCCGCACUGCUGGGGGAUCGCCCCAGGGACGCUGGCCCCGCCAGGAGGCAAGGGGAGGAGAAUGGGGCCCAGCAGGACGAGGGGGCUGGCAGCCCGAAGCUCCCCCUUGAUCCUGAUUUGCACAACCUUGCACACCCCUCCCCGCCGGGGCAGCCGCUCGAGGCCAGCGGGCAUGCAGAGCCUGGCCCUCUGGCGGCAGCCCGGAACCCGGAGGCCAGUGGGCUGGGCUCCUCCGAGAAGACCCCGUGCUCGAGUGCCCGGCUCCCUGGGGCCGGCAGUGGCAGCUGUCCGGCCAAGCGGAAGCUGCUGCCCUCAGCCGAAGGGGCGACGGAGACGGGCUCUGAGGACGAGGGCCUCUCGCCGGCCCGGAAGAGGAGGAGGAGGAGGGCCCUGCAGUGCCCCGCCACCCCAGCCGCCUGCCGCAGCACGGACGCCAAGGGGGCCCCCUUCUGGAACCACCUGCUGCCUCCAGCCAGGGGCUCCGCCAACAGCAGCGCCGCCAGCCGCCAGCUGAAGACUGGGCUGUGUCUCAAGCAGAGACGUCUCCGCAGCAGCCUACGCCGGAGUCCAGCGGGCAGCAGGCCCACCCCCGCCCCCUGGGCCGCCACCCCCUCCACCAGCCGGGCCCUGCUGGGGAACUUUGAGGAGUCCAUCUUGAAGGGCUGCUUCCCACCGUCCGGCCAGAUUGAGGGCUUCACGGCCGAGAUUGGGGCCAGCGGCUCGUACUGCCCGCAGCAUGCCACCUUGCCCGUCGCGGUCACCUACUUUGACAUUGCCGAGCACAGCGCCCCCUCGCCCUUCCUGGGAGUCAUUGACUUGGAAGCUCUGGGAAAGAAGGGUUACAGCAUCCCCAAGACGGGCACCAUCCAAGUGACCUUAUUCAACCCCAACAAGACAGUGGUGAAGAUGUUCCUGGUGACCUAUGACUUCCACGACAUGCCCGCCAACCACGUCACCUUCCUGCGCCAUCGGAUCUUCCUGGUGCCCGUGGGGGAGGAGCAGGGGCCUGGCCCAGCCCUGGGGGAGCUGCCCAAGAGGGUGCUCUGCUACCUGAUGCACCUGAGGUUCCACAGCUCCAAGUCGGGGAAGAUCUACCUGCAUGACGACAUCCGCCUGCUCUUCUCCCGCAAGUCGAUCGAGCUGGACUCGGGGAUCCCCUACGAGCUGAAGUCCUUCACGGAAUUGCCGCGCAACCCCUGCUACUCGCCACGAGCCUGAGGGGCCGCGAUCUGUGCCGGGAGCCAGCACUCUGCCGGAGGAGGCAGGCAGGCAGGCGGGAAUGCCUCCCUGGGGCGGGGAGAGGCUGCCGCUGCCGCAGCCCCAGACUGAACUGUGUGUGGCGUCUGUUGUGGCGGUUGGGGCCGAAGAGAAACCUGUGCCUGGCUUGGAUCACAAUUGCUGUGCGUCUCCGGCUCUAGUCCUGGUGCAGGGGGCCCCUGCAAGAGAAGGGGGUGGGCCUGCGUGGAAUGAGGGGCUGCGUUACUGCGAGGGGGCCGUGAUGGCUUCUGAGGAAAGGGGAGCGGGUGGGGAGGAAGGAAGAGGCUGGAAAUGAAGGGCACUGAAAGGGUCCUACGGAAGAGGAGAAGCCGUUGGGUUCACCGGGAUGGGGCUCCUCCAGCUGCUGGGUGGGCCUUUUGCCACCCAGCCUACCAUCUCUCCCCAUCCCCAGUGGGAAAGGGGCUCUGGCCAGAAGCGGGGCAGGCGGCGGCGGCAGCGGCGGCGAGUGGGGCGGCUGCACAGCUUCUCCUAAACUUCCUUGGGGAGGGCGAAUUGGCUGACGUGAGGGGGCAGCCCAUCGGCAGCCUCCCCCAGCUGUGGCUGAGUGCCAGCUCCAGGGCCCCAGAGGCGGCCACCUGCCUUCUCUCUCUCUCUCUCUCCUCUCCGCUCGCAGCCAGGGCGGUGUCUGCCCCUGCCCUCGGGCCAGUCCACAGCAUUAGCCCACAACCUAUUUCUCCGUCUGCUAGCCGGCUGUGUCAGUAGCGCCUCCCUUGACAGGGAGGGGGUGGCCCCCGUGGCUUGCUUCCGGUGCCCCAAGGUGGCCUCACCGGCAGCGGUAGCAGAGAGAGGAGAACUGCUCUGCUUUUCCUGCCCGCCCUGCUCCUGCUCCUGCUCCUGCUCUGGGUUCCUGGCCCAAAGGAGGAAUGCUGAGGGUGCGGGCAGUGAGAAGCCAGGGGCCUCUUCUUGAACGGCUGGCCCUGUGGAGAUUGCUGCUGUGUUGAUGUCCUGACCACAGGACUGCCCCACUGAAGAGGAAGAUGGUGCCAAAUUUGCUGCUGCUGGUGGUGGAAGAGCACAGAGCUGAGCUGGCACUGAGACUCCUGCAUGGUGGUCUCCUGGUGUCUGCUUAAAAAACCAGAAACAAAAAACCAACCCUGCAAGGGACAGUCAUACAUGCUGCCUUUGUAGCUGCUCUGCUGAAGGCCUCCAGGCCCCACUUUCCCGUGGGGGAGGGGCCAAGGGCAUCUGUGCCAUGUCCAAAUGACAGGCAGCCUUGCUUCUGGGAAGGAGUCUGGCCGGCUGCCUGGGAGUAGGGGCAGAUUUGUCCCCCAGAAUCGCCACUCUGCCUGUACGGUUUGGGUUUGAGUGGCAUCUCCCAUGUCCCCCUCCCAAGCUGAAGUAGGAGUGGGGCAUCCAUUGCAGACACUUGAAGAUAUUUAUAUAUAUAUAUAUAUACAUAUACAUAUAUUUAAAAAAAAAGACAGAAAGAAUUGUACGUGAUGCUUUCUAUCUUUUUUAAAAAAGAAAAUGCUAUAAAUGUGUGUUUGGCUA